AAGUGUACAUAUGCAUAUAUAUAUAUAAUUUAAUGAUUCUCACUUUUCAGCGAACCAGCCUGCAAUUGUCAGAAGAUGCUUUGAUGAAACAACUUCCGACGAAGUGAUGGAGGUUAGGGAGGAAAGCAGAAAUGGGCAACAGAGACCCGAUAAUAAAGGUUUGUUUCUGCUAAAAUUAUCGCUAAACUUAAUACGAUAUUAUCUGCAGAGAUUCUGGAUGCCUUGGAAGUCAUAACCCUACGUUUGGCUACGAUCGAAACUAAUGUAAGUAAUAGCAUCUCCGUUUUCAUACUUAUAUCACAUCGGCCACAGUGACAUUUAUCCGAUAAAUGCCUUUUCUUGCCAUAAUUUAUGUUGUCAAUGUUCGAUAUGUAUGCAUUUCAUUAGCAAGUUGUCCUGCAAAAAAAACCAGGAAAUAAUUAGCCGCCAAGUCGAAGAACUUGUCGAGAAGAUGGUUAAUAAGUCGGAAAUGUUGGCAGAAAACAAAAUCCUGAGAGAGUGCAAAGUGACUUUGCAAAAGAUUGAACUGUCAAUUGGACGUAUGACUGGCGAGGUACGAGACCAAAUUUUAGAUGAGGUGGCGAGCAGUUUUCCAAUCAAUUCAAUUACUUCCGUCAGUGAUAUUGAGGACAAAAUUAUGAAUCGUCCGGAAUACGCUCAAGCAAUGAUAACGUACUUCCACAAAUUGAAAGGAGCAUCCGAAGACGUCUCUACGGUAUUGAAAUACAUUUUCACUGACGAACUAUUACUGAAUUUUAAUUGGGAUGGCAGGUGGGAGAAACAGGCUCUUUGCAAAUUAAAAUUAGUCGAGAUCUGUCUGCGAGAUGUUUUUAAAACACAGGCAUCGUAUGACUUUCAAAAGGCGGUGAAAAGGUCAAUCGAGCUUAGCCAUCACCGAUUGAAGCAGAAAAAGUACCAGCUUAAUAAAUCUAAGAAAUAAUAGAUUAAUUUAUGUAAUUUUAAGUUUACUUUUCCUCGUAUUAAUAAGUUCCACAUUUGAGUAAUAAUUUAUGAAGCGGCCCCCUAAAAUGUCACAAAGGUAUAAGAAUUAAUUUUUGCAUUCAACACAGAUUGUAUCCUAAUAUAUUGGGCCCUAUCUGCGGUUAAGCCUAGAUAUGUGUAUAUGCCAGAAAAAUACUUUGCAGAAGUUGAAAAUCUGUUUAAAACGUUUUUCUUAAUUAAACACUUAGUUAAAUAUUUUUCGUUAAAUAUUUCUGUAAUUGCAAUUGCUGCGAAUUGAAUUUCAUGAAACUUUUGUGAAAAUGUAAGCGUCUUGCCUAUCUAAAAACUAGAUAUUAACUAUUGAAUAAGAUUCCAAUCGUAUCAAUAAUUUCACGUCAUUGCCUAAAAUUUCCACUCGACUAGAGUAUUAAUACGGAAAAACUUGGCAGCACUGCA